AUGGCCGGAAGCGGCCUGUGGGUAGUUGGAUUGGCCUCCCUUCUUGCACUCCCUGGGAUAUUCGUCUCCAUCUCCGUCGAGGCCAGCCCGGGAGAUGCUGAUCCGCACUACAGAACUUGUGUGGGGGAGUGUCAGAAUACGGGGAUUAUUGGAGGCAACAUCAUCAGUCACUGUCAGUCCCGGGAGAACGACAGCAUAUCUGCUGGAAGUUCUUGGUACACACAGGAGGCUCUUCGUGUGCAGUGGAAGCAACUAAACUGUAUGACAGACUGCCGCUACUACUGCAUGAUGCGAAGAGAAGAGGAACGGCGAUUAGGUGGCCUGAGCCCUGUUCAAUAUCACGGAAAAUGGCCCUUCAAACGUGUUUCUGUCUUCCAGGCAUGUAACAUUUGGCUUGAACCCCUGUCAGCUGCACUGUCUGCUCUCAACCUAUUGAUGCACUUCACUGGCUGGCUUUCGUUCUUCCUGCUAGUGAAAUACAGAUUACCUCUUAGACCUCAGACGAAGAAGACGUACUACGAAUACACUGGCUUAUGGCAUAUCUAUGCAAUAUUAUCAAUGAAUGCAUGGAUCUGGAGCUCUGUAUUCCAUACCAGGGAUAUUGACUUGACUGAGAAAUUGGAUUACUCUUCAGCUGUGGCCGUACUUGGCUACUCUUUAAUCCUUACACUGCUAAGAAUUUUUAAUGUCAAGGAGGGGGCUACCCGGGUGAUGUUUGCUGCACCUAUUCUAGCAUUCGUCACAACACACAUCUUGUAUCUUAACUUCUACGAGCUUGACUACGGAUGGAACAUGAAAGUUUGUGUGGCGAUGGGAGUGGUUCAAAUUGUCGCAUGGGCAAUCUGGGCUGGUGUGACCCAUCAUCCGUCACGGUUGAAGCUUUGGGUCGUUGUGUUCGGAGGAGCUCUAGCUAUGCUUCUUGAGGUGUUUGACUUUCCUCCAUACAAGGGGUAUGCCGAUGCGCACUCGCUGUGGCACGCGAGCACCGUUCCCCUCACCUAUCUUUGGUGGAGCUUCAUUAAAGAUGACGCAGAGUUCCGCACCUCCACACUCACACUGGUUAAGAAGGCCAGGUGA